UCCCGCUUCCCUCGCGCGAACGGCCCGGGAAUCACGCGCCAUUGAAGGGGGUGAAUGUGCAUGCGCUUUAGCUCGUGGCGUGCACGAUCCGUGGCGUGGCUCGCGGCCUCCAUUUGCCAGUUUGUGUUUACGUUCGAGGCUUCGGUCGAGACGCCUCGGCGGCGGCACACGCGUGCAACAGUUUGGAUUUUUUCUCUGGACAUAAACACUUCCCGGAGCAGGCGGUCCACGAGGCUCCAGCUGAGUCCAGACGAGAGGCGCCCGAGAAACCUGCAACUUUUCCAACUUGGUAAGAGAGGGAGGCCUUCAUCUCAUCGUGUCUUACAUGAAGCGUAAACAGCAGAGAUGCCUACAACAGACUCCAGCGAGGACCCAGACGUGAACUUGUCCUGCAAUUUCUCCCCCAAACUUCAAUUAUCUUCAAGUGCGUUAUCCGUGCCUACUGCUCCUGACACUGUUAUCGAGAACAGAGCUGCUUCGAUGGCGACUACUGACUGCAAAUCCCUCUCCUCCCCGGCGGAAGCAAGCCCGGCCAAAGCUCCAUCAACAUCACCUGCUUCUUCCGACGAAAGCGUGGAAACCAGUCCCUCGACUUCACACAUCGCUUCUGCCGCAGACUCGCUACCGUGCACUGAAUCAAGUUUUACCAAAAUGGAAGAAGAAGCGAACCCUUACGAGAAUUUGCUCCCUUCUACGCCUUUCGGAGAUCCCGGAGAAACGGACUAUCCGAAUAAGCUGACGUUUAAAGGCGUCACCGUCACUUUGGAAAGUAGUAGGAUUUGGAAUGAUUUUCACAGAUGCGGUACAGAAAUGAUUUUGACUAAACAGGGAAGGCAUAUGUUCCCUUACUGCCGUUACCGCAUUUCAGGUUUGGACCCCGAGCGCAAGUACAGCAUGGUUUUAUCGGUCCCUCCGGCCGAUGCGUACAAGUACAAGUGGAGUGGGACAACAUGGGACGUUUAUGGACCAGCGGAUCACUUGACGCAGGGGUUAAUCCGUGCAUUUGCGCAUCACUACUCCCCAUGUACAGGCUCGGAGUGGAUGAGAGUCCUAGUAUCAUUUAAAAAACUAAAAGUGACGAAUAAUGGAAAUGACCAAGAAGGCAAUAUAAUUUUACACUCUUUGCACCGGUACAUUCCCAGACUUCACAUAAUUCCUGUUCCGGAUAGCGUCCUUCUCUCCGCGGAUCAGCCCGUCGUGAUGGGCCCAGAGAGUAUGACUUUUACUUUUCCGCAGACUGAGUUUAUGGCAGUGACCACGUAUCAGAAUUUCAAAAUUACGCAGAUGAAAAUUCGCUAUAAUCCGUUCGCGAAGGGGUUCAGAGAAGAUGGACACAACCCCAGACUGCAGAGGAUUCCCAAAAGAGUGGAGUUUGUGAACGUGCAGACGGCAGGGGCCAGUGCCACGGCGCAGAAGGAAGAGCAGAGUUCAGAAGAGGAGCCCAAACAACAGAAGCAGAUCAUCUUGAAGCCUAUAAUGUCUCCAUAUUCCGCUGAUGCUGACGCCUACACCCACUGUCGGGGGAAACACGCACUGGGAAACCUACUUGUGGUCCAGAGUCCAACGGAAACGCCCAAGAAGAAGAAUUGCACCAUCGACCUCACUCCUCCAAUCAAACUCUGCAUCUCUGUGAACCCCAAAGCAAAGUUCAGAUCUUCCUCCACCCCCAAACUACUGUCAAAGUACAAGAAGAAGAGGCAGAAGUAUCAGAGCUGGGGCUUAUCACAGAGGCAGCGCUGGAGAAGAGAGACCGCCUCCCACCCGGCAACCCCCAGCCCCCCGCCCACUGUCGCUAUGCAACCAGAGCUGGACGAUGUGGAGGGCCUGCUGUUUGUGUCGUUUACAUCCAAGGAUGCUCUGGAGAGUCACAUCGAGGAGCAGCCAGUCAGAACCACAACACAAGACUCUUCAGGUUCACAAACUCCAGUGCAAUUCAAUCCAAGAGUUGAAACAGAGACUUUGGAGAGUGAAGAGAAGAUACUCCGUUUGGAGACAGAGCUGUUACAAGACCUGCAGCUUCUCAAGCACAGACAGACCAUCCACCCAGUGCUGCAGGAGGUGGGUUUGAAGUUGAGCUCCUUAGACCACACUCAGCCCAUUGACCUUCAGUAUCUGGGGGUGCAGCUGCCUCUGCCUCCCAAAAUCACCUGUGUGGUGACUGGAGACAUCGGAUUACAUUUCAUCUCCAGAACGGGAAAAACCAGCGAUUUUACAAAAAUAAAAGGAUGGAGAAGAAAAAUGUGUGUGAAAAAUAAUUCAUUGCCUCACAGUGAUGCUCGUCACUCCGAUGGGUCCAGCUCCAAAAACCUCUCUGCGUUCUGUAGCAACAUGUUGGACGAAUACUUGGAAAACGAAGAGCAGCAAAUUAGUGAACGCGCCGAAACGCUCUCCUCUCAACCCCAGGGCUCUGUGUCCUACGAGCUGCCCGCGAAGAGCUCCAGUUACGUCAAAACGCUGGACAGUGUUCUCAAGCAGCGCAUGCCUCCUCCUCCUAAGGCUAAGACUACUACUAACGCUAAUACUGUUUGUAACGCCAGCCCACAGCCGGUCAAGUCUUGUGGUCUGAACUCUGAGCCAUUGUCACCAGCUUCUCCAGUUCCCAGCGCCUCCCCUGCUUUAUCUGAUGGCUACACCAUUGACCACACAGCUCAGCCAAGUCCUGUUUUUCAACCUCUCACUAUGGCUCAAAGAUUAUCCAAGUUUCUGCCUGAUUUGAUUUCGAAACCUGCACCUGAGCCAACCCCCAAACCUGCAUCUGACCCCACCCCCAAAUCCACAAUUGACCCCGCCCCCACGCAAGCCCCUCCCAAAGGGUACGAUACCUCGGCCUUCUCCAAGCCUCAGGUCCGACUCCUCGAGAUGGAGACUGGAGCCUGGAACCAAGGAUUAAAGAGGACUCAUGUUACACCGGCCAGACUGUCGGUGGCGCUCUCUGCACUUUUGACCAAAUGGAGUCAACUCGACGAGGUGUUCAGAGUGCCGAGAUACGUGAGGGGGCCAUCAUCCCUUUGUGGUCGGGAGUUCUGCAGGCUGGGCUGUGUGUGUGACAGUCUCUAUGGGCAUCACAGAGGAGCUUUCCGUGCCUCUUUCCACUGUAAACGCGCUGACUGCAUGUUCGGCUGCAGCUGCUUCAAAGAGACAAUCACCAAAAAUCUGUUUACAGCAAUCACCGAACCAGAGCCUGCAAACUCUAAAACAUCUGAAUCAAAAUCAAAUUACAAAAGACUGUGGAUUAAAGACCCACAGGAUUCAGACAAAGAGACGCUCCUCGUCCCCAAAGCUGGAAAGACAGUUUCUCCUGAAGUUGUGCCAACACCAACCCCAACCCCAAAGCCGGAUAAAAGCAGGACCGCCAAUUCACAAAAUCGCUCCACCCGACCUCCACCUGCUGCUCCAGUCAAUAAAGCGUCCACCCCGUUAAUAAACCCGAUUCGAGAAGAGGAUAAGGACCCUGUGUACAAAUAUUUAGAGAGUAAACUAACCUGCGCGAGAGUGAGAGAAUUCAACAGUAAACCCCCACCAGUGGAGACGCUGGCAAAUAUUACAGCCGCUGCUAAAACUCUUACUCCACACGUUACUACACCGACCGCUACAACUACUACUACAGCUACUACUACUACUCCAUCUACUGCUCCCAAAGCUGCUAAAGCUCCUAUACCGUCUUCCAACUCUGCCAAUUCAACGAAACCAGGACAGAAGGCGACAAAUUCAUCCAAAAGUAACAUAUUUGUGCUGAAAAAGAAAACGGAUGCUGGCCUUAAUCAAGACAGCAGACGCCCCAGGACGCUGAUAGAGAUCCAGUCUGCGUGUAACUGGGCCAAAGGGGACAGAAAGAUGGUUCUGGAAGCUCUCUGUCUGAACAUGAACAAGAACCGCCUGUGCCGACCCUUCACUGUGGGAGCCUAUCAAGUCAAACCAGUGGCAAAGAUCGUCAUGCAGAAGCCCAACGAAUGUGUCAUAACAUACAGGGUCCGUAUCAGUUUGAAUACAACCAGCACCAAAGAGCAUGACAGCGAUGGUUCGGAGAAGGAGGAGGAGAAAAGAGAGGAUAAAGAGGAUGAAGAAGAGGAGGAGCAGGAGAGUAUAGUGAAAGUGAGAGAGCCUCAGUUCAGAGCUGGACUCUUCCCCUUCAUCUCCAAAAUACAGCCUGCCGGAGUCCUCAAAGCCACCACUGCACAGUCCAGCCAGAGCUCCCCGGGGCUGAUACAGGUGAAUGGGAAGUUCUACAGUCAUGCCAGGCUGAUGUUGGGCAGAAUGGGCGCUCUGCAUCCAGCCAAUCGUGUCGCAGCAUUUGUCACAGGUCGAUUGGGUGGUACCAGUAACCUGUAUAAGAAACCCACCGCUCCUUCUACAGCUCCUGCCCCAGCUCCUGCCCCAGCUCCUGCCCCAGCUCCUGUCCCAGCUCCUGUCCCAGCUCCAGCUCCUGCCCCAGCUACUGCCCCAGUUCCUGCCCCAAAACCGGCUCCAACCCCUGCCCCACAGACCACGCCUAGCCCCUCUGCGCCCCCUACUGUCCUGAAGAGGCCACUGGUGCCUCAGCUGAAGAUUCCACCUCGACCAAUACGACCCACAGUUAGAACAAAGCAACCCACCCAGGCUGAUACUAUGCCCCCACCUCCUCCUCCCCCUCCUCCACCUCCUCCUGAGCCCGAGAAGAACAAACUGAGCAGCCCCUUCCAGAGCUCGUCUCCAAUCUCCAUCACCGUGUCCCCCUCGCUCAAAACCCCCAGCUUUUUAGGGCAGAAAGGCUCCUACUCCUUCAGGAUCUGCCCCCCGGAUAACGACACCUGCAAGAUGCCCGGGGUGGCUCUCCCAGGGGGUUUUACUCUAAUCCAUCUCCCUAAACCCGCUCCAGACAAAAUCCCAAAUCUGCACCAGAACAAUGCAAACAGUCUGUUGUCUCGGAUGGUGAAUAACACACUUAAAAACAGCAGGAACAGUCCCAUAGUGAUCAGUGAUGAUUCAGAGAGCGAGUCCAGCUCCGGGGCCAGCUCAGACUUCUCAGAUGAAGACGAAGAGGUCGAUGUUGACGAUGAGUUAUCUGUGGAUGUUGAGACGGUUUUGGAAACUGAAGAACAGCUCAUGGUGGACAGGCUUCGACUUGCCGCUGGUUUAGGCCCAAAUCCAAACAGGAGGUUUGUACCUAGAAGAUAUCCGCUGCAGAUGGGGAGUCCUGAGGUCGACAGAUCAGAAAUCAGCAGAAGACAUGAGAGGAAAUGUUCUGAACGACAGAGACGCAGUGAACAAAGAGAGCUGUUUGACAAUCUGCAGAGCCUCCUGGACCCCACCACCAUCACCCCCACCCCCAAACUCCACCUCCUCACGCUGGCCAAAAGAGAAAUCGAGGACCUCACAGAACGCAAUGUGUUUUUGGAGGAAGAGAAGAAGCUGCUGAGUCAGAUGCAGAACGCGCACGUGCGGAAGAUCUCCAUCAUGUCUGGUCAGUCUGAGGAGAGCGUCCUGGAGAAGUUGUUUGACAUUUGUGAAAAGCAGAAACAGAAGGAGGAGAUGACGUCAGAGUCUUCACACUCAGAUGUGCUUCAGUCCACCACCGCCACGGUUCAGGCCAUAAGCCCCCAGACCAAACCAGAGACCACCCCUCUACUCAAGCCCAUCAAACAGGAGCCACAGUCUCCAUCUAAAACCACUGAAGAACCAUCCAAACCUGAACCAUCCGAGGCCCAGAGAAAAGCAUCAGAGGAGAUCCAAGCCACAGCCAAGAACUUCCUCCAACAGCUUCUGACCAAACUCAAACCCAUCAUUCACAACGCCAAGUUCUGCCACCAGGCGGCGAAGCAGAACCGCGCCGAGCAGGAGAAGGCGAUGGGCGUGGCACCAGCAGAAAUGCCCACGUCUUCUGUCAACAAGCUGAAGAGCGCUAGAUCUAAAAAGGUCAAGAUCCCAGUUAAUCCCCACACUCUGGCUCUUCCACUGAUUCGGUCCAAAGAUGGUCGAAUAAUACUGCCCUCAUCGAUGAAGCCAGCUCCUCAAACCUACUACACGCUCACCGUCGCACAGAACAGCGAGCAAAGACCUACGAUUGUACUCAAACCGCUGGAGCCAGGAUCUGUGCCACAACAAACUAUUUUAAAUACUUCAACAGACACUGACAAUGCGACUGUUCUUACUCAACAGCCCUCUCAGCUAGACCUCCAAUCCCCACAACUGACAACAGACUCAACACAACCAUAUGUUUUUAAAUCUCCCUUGGCAAAUAUUGGAUACGUCAAUCGGAGCAUCUCAAACCAAGCAGCUACCUUGCCUACCUCUCCUCCUAGUACUUCUACUACUAAUACUGUUAAUACUAUGAAUUUAACUCCUAACAGUGAACCAAGAACCAACCAAGCGCCAGCAAAUCAAGCCAAGUCAUUCCCAGUUCUUCCCAAUCCUGUUUAUAAACCACAAACUUUAACUGCUCCUCCAAUGAAACGCGGAAGAGGUCGCCCACGCAAAAACCCACGUCCAGGCAGUUCCCGUACUCCCGAAUCCAAACUCGUAAUAAAAGAAGAUCCGGAUUACUCGCCAACGAAUUUACAAAUAAGUUUAUCGCCGUCGAACAAAAGAGCAGCGGCGGGAGUUUCGAGCCCGCAACCUGCGAAAAGAGGCAGGGGGCGGCCUCCGAAAAACAAACUCGAGCUAAGUCCACGGAUUGAACUGGAACGUUGUCCAAAUUCGUAUUCGGAAGUGAAGAAGGAAGAGGAGGAGUGGGACAUCGAUAUCAGCAAUGUGCACCUAAACGGGUCGCGUCCUUUAACUCGCGGUUCGUUGGGUAAGGAUUUUCCAAGCGCGAAAAAACGUUCCUGGAUAGACUUGGAAAGCGAGUUGGACGUGGAUAUCGAAUAAGUAUCGUAUUUUUUUGUUUGUUUUUGUUUUGAACACUACUGUAGUCUAUGCACAGCCCUCGAAACCUCAAACUUGAAUGCUGGAACCUCAUCUCAGAAUUGACUACUGUGCCUUUUACUGAUCCAAUAUUAUGGUACAAGAAUGUUACUGCAAUAAACUCAAACGGUAGGCUUAAAGGGAUAUUACACUAUUUUCUAGGGAUGUAACAAUAACUGAAAUAUCGUGAUAUUGUAUCGUCAAAAGUCUCACAAUAAUAUUUCAAACUUAUUAAUACUAAUAACUAAUAUUUCAAGUCUCUUUACUUAAAUUCAUUGUUAUGAUGCAGCAAUAGUUAAAACGGGAACUACAUAGACCAUGAUCCUUUGCUGUUGUCAUUGCAGACUUAACAUUAAUAACACUUUAAAAUCUUAAUUCUUCAUAUUACAACAGUACAAUUAUAACACUAUUCGUGGUUUUUAAAAAAGGAAGUAAGCAGCAUAUUCAGUUUUGUUAGCCUCAAUAAAUAUCGUACUGUGAAAUUUGGAUAUCGUUACAUCCCUACUAUUUUUGGAUCUAUGUUAUAAUGUUGUUUUCUUAUCAAAAACAGACCUGGAGUUGCUUUUUUUUUUUUUUUUUUUUUCUUAACACAUGUUUAACACACAAACCCUGCAUAUUUAUUAGUUAAAUUGAGUUCUUCUCUCAAACAGAAAACACUAAUUUCCACCUUGUGAUGUCAUGUGGUAAUACAUGAAGUGCUCCUCUGUGUUUUUAAAUUCCAUACAUCUUCACUAGAAUCAUUUGGAUCAUUUCAGUCCAGGAAUUGCCAAUCUCUACUAAACAAAAGGUUAAACGGAGCUGUUAACGUACCGUAUUUUCCGCACUAUAGGGUUCUCUGGAUUAUAAGACGAACUGUCAUUGAAUGGUCUAUUUUCAAACUUUUUUCACAUAUAAACCGCACCGGAGUCUAAGGUGUAUUAAAUGAAACACAACAGUUGGAUGGGACUUUGUCUGGCGCGUUCAUGGUGACUCUGGGCUUUGUUCAGUUGUGGCGUGUAGGGAGGGUGCUGUCUGGGACCAACGGAUUGUCGGCGUCUUCGCAGUGACUCAGUUGUUCAGUCGUGUCUAGAAGUGGCACAUUGCACUCGCUUUUUCAGUUCGUUCCUCCGUUUCGUUCCUCGUCGGUGUGGAGUGAUGAGUGUGGCUGCGGGUGUUUUUCGCUGUGCGGUCGCUGUCUGCUCCAGAUUGUGGGGCACGCAGUCGUUUUUUUGAUGGGGGUUGGAGGCUUAUGAGCGCGCCCUGUAGUGCGGAAAAUACGGUUUCCGCUUCAUGACAUCACAAGGUGGAACAGUGCAUUUUGAGCUUUGGAGAUGUAGACAGAAUGAUAACACCAACUCCAGGUAUGUUUUUGAGGAGGUAACAACAUUAUAACAUGUCUUAAAGUUCACAAGAGUCAAUUUAAAGGUUCACUAUGUAACUUUUCUGGAGUGGAGUUUGCCACCUGAUUGUUUUCAUUAGGUGAUAAAAAAUGCACAGAAGGGGUAAGCCAAAGGUGAACAAAAACAUGAAUAGAUUUAUCUCUUAAAAACAUUUCAUUUCCAGUUGGCCUGCAUACAAAGUUUGAGAAACUCUGGUCCAGAAUGCCCCACAGUAUGGCAUUACAUUUAUUUCUUUAGCAUUCAUUCAACUGUAAAUGUUUGAAUGCUUUAAAAUACCUUGGAAAAACAUGCAUUCUUACUGAUAGUGGGGUCGCCUCUCCACAGAUCUGAUCUGUCUAGACAUGAAGAUCAAGUUUACCGUAUUUUCCGCACUAUAGGGUUCUCUGGAUUAUAAGAUGAACUGUCAUUGAAUGGUCUAUUUUCAAACUUUUUUCACAUAUAAACCACACCAGACUUUAAACGAAACACAACAGCUGGAUGAGUCAGUGGGACUUUAUUUGGCACGUUCACAGUGACUCUGGGCUUUGUUCAGUUGUGGCGUGUAGGGAGGGUGCUGUCUGGGAACACUGGAUUGUUGCCGUGUUCGCAGUGACUCAGUUAUUCAGUUGUGGUUAGAAGUGGCACAUUGCACAUUUUUCAGUUAAUUUCUCCGUUCCGUUCCUCGUCCGCUUGGAGUGAUGAGUGUGGCUGCGGGUGUUUGUCGCUGAGCGGUCCCUGUCUGCUCCGUGCGUGUUUGCCUGCGCUGUGGGUGGUGCGGCUUUGUAGUUUACUGAAGUCGUGCUGGGACACCCGAGUGGAUUCGUGUAUAGGGUGCUCUGGAUUGUGGGGCGCACAGUCAUUUUUUGAUGGGGCUGGAGGCUUUUGAGCGCGCCCUAUAGUGCGGAAAAUACGGUAAUGUCAUACUGUAGAAAAUGUCAAAUCCAUAUUGCUUGUAGAGGGUUUGGCACCUGCUCAUCUCCAUGGAGAAGUUACAUAGUACAUCUUUAAACAUUGGGAAAUGAUCUCUGCGUUUGGUCCAUUUCUCAUUUCUAGGAACAAUGGGCGUGUGGGACCCAUCCUUAGACCUUGAGCUAAAAUCCGGAUCAGGAGUAUUGGAAAAUUUGCCUUCUAUGCUUGACCCAUACACAGGGAGAACAUGCAAAUUCCACACUGAAAGACCUUAAUUAUGGAAAUCAAACUUGAAAACCCUCUUGCUACGAGGCGCAGUGCAGCUUACUAAACACAUGUUACUUGGGGAAGAAAAGUAGGAAAGUCGACGUGAACUGGCUUUCUGAAUGUAAACAAGCGAUGGUACCUUUAGCAAUGUAUUAUAAGCUAAUUUAUCGAUUUGUCCACUUAUGUUUAUUUAGGUUAAAAUCACUGACCAGAUUAAGUCUUGAAUUGAAAUCAUUGUUUAAAACAUCUACUAUUUUGUCUAAUUGUUAAAUGUCUUAUAUUACACUAUUUUCUAAUCUGUUAUAAUGUUUCCUCAUCACAAACGGACCUGGAGUUGUGUUUUGUUUUGUUUUAUUCACACAUAUUUAACUCAUAAACUUGCAUUUUUAGGCUGAGUUCAUCUCUCGAACAGAAAACACUCUGCUCCACCUUGUGAUGUCAUGUGGUAAUACGGGAACUGCUCCACUGUGUUUUGAAACUCCAAACAUCUUCAAUAGAAUCAUUUGGAUGAUUUCAGACCUGGAAUUGCCACUGAACAGUUACUUUUUACUUUUUGUUAACUUGAAAACUACCACUUCAUGACAUCACAAGGUGGAACUGAGCACAAUAAAGGGUUACUCAAACGUUUGAAUGAAACAAAACACAACUCCAGGUCUGUUUUUGAAGAGGAAACAACAUUAUAACAUGGCUCAAACCUCACAAGAGUCAAUAUAAGACCUUUAACCAUUCUGAGAACUAAUUUAAUUUUUGACUAACUUUGUGAUCAAUGUUACAUCUGUAGCACUUUGUUGGGCGCAAGUGCACUUAUUCCUGUAAAAGUCAAACCACAAUGAGAGCCAUAUAGAGCGACUGAAACUGUUGUAUGUAAAUAUGUAUUUCUUUUAAAUGAAUUUUUCUCCAGACAGUGUUUUAAGACCUGGUUCCUUUGGUUGGGACAAAUCAAGUGGCCUUUAACAAUGAAUAAAACGUAUGUAUUAUAA